GUUUGGAACAACAUGAGGAGUAUUUUCUGAGUAUAAAUAAGUGCUGGAUACUGACUACUGGCAAUGACACAUUCUAUGUGGGAAGGUGGCAACUUCAGAUUGUCAUUUUUAUCCUAUAAAGAUCCUUUCACUCUCAUUUUUAACCAGAACAGCACAGGAAGACAACGACUGACUACAAAGGCGCAAGGAAUGCCUCAGUCUGAGAGAGAGAGUGACAAAAGAGUGAGUGGGAGAGAAAAUGAACGACAGCCACCACUAAAAGAAGAGCGUGACGCAUCUCCCCCUCUGUUGAAUGAAUCCUCUUCACCCCAGCACGUGGAACAUCUUUCUUCUGGAGUACGUUCUAGAGCUGCUGAUGAGGAACGGAUGCAGUUUCUUCAGCUGGUGUUUCAGAAUUCUCCGGCUGGUCCGAUCAGGCCGUCUGUACUUCGCUCUACAGCUCUCCUGCUUCAGGCAAAUGAGAGCCACCAAGCAACCAUGAACAGAAGAAAAGACACAGGUCACAGUGAAGCUGUUGCUGGAUCAAGCCAGCACAGGAAACAAUCUCCCAGCUUUCAUUCUCACAGCCCAGUGGAGUCAGAUAUCCAGAGAUCCAGCUCUCUUUUUGUAAACGGACAAUGUCGCUGGCCAGGCUGUGACAGAGUCUUUGAAGGCUAUACUCAUUUUCUUAGACAUCUAAACCGAGACCACAGCACAGAUGAGAAAACGAUUGCACAGUGGCGAGUUCAGCAAGACCUGGUGUGCCACAUGGAGAAUCAGCUCGUUCAGGAGAAGCAGAAACUUCACGCCAUGCAGCUUCACCUUCAGCUGUUUGAAUGCGUCUCGACACGUACCGGAGCUGCUACAGGCUGGUGUAGGCCGCUGGCACUAAAUGGCAGGACAGAGAGAGCUAGUGUAGCGCCGGUACGACAGGAACCCUGGCACACACCCCCACCACACCUGCUGCCAGAUUUUGUUAGCAGUGUUGAAUACUACAAAUAUGCAAACUUGCGGCCUCCAUAUACAUAUGCUUUCUUAAUCAGAUGGUCAAUUCUGGAAGCUCCGGACAAACAGCGGACGCUAAACGAAAUUUACAACUGGUUCACAAGAAUGUUCUUCUAUUUCCGUCAUAAUUCUCCUACAUGGAAGAACGCUGUGCGACACAAUCUUAGUCUCCACAAAUGCUUUGUUCGGGUGGACGGAAGGACAGGGGCGGUGUGGACGGUGGACGAGGAAGAGUUUCAGAAGAGAAAAGGGCAGAAAAUCCACAGGGACUACACUUUCAAAUGGAUGACACCCUUCUCCCAUUGCCCAUCCCAUGAAGCCUCAGAUUUAUCAAUCAAAGCCACAAAUUUUCAGUAACCCAUUUUCCAAGUGUUUAGUGAAGUAUGCAGAAAAUUGAUCUUCGACUAUGUGGAGAAUGUGAGUUGUAUGUGUGUAGAAUGUAGAGUUUUAGAUAUGAUCCUUUAGGAUAGGAUAGUUUUCAUUUUUGCAUCUCUAUCUGAAAAAAAGCAAAGUCUUCCUUAAAAUGUGAAGUUACUCUCUUGUUUUAUGUAAUUGUAUGUAUGUAAUGUAUGUCUAAAAAAAGUACAUAAUAUUUAGUCUAUAUAGCCAAUGUGAAUAAAUGUAAACAUUU